AUGUUCCUCGGCAAGCACAGCAGAGCCGUCUUCAUCAUCGUUACGGUGACGUUUCUUGUUGCCAGCGUUUUUGCCGUAGGCCGUGUCAUCGCCCGCUUCGGCAUUGUGAAGCGCCAUGGCUGGGACGAUUAUGUCUUUAUAGCAGCAUGGAUCCUCGCCUUUGGGCUAUCAUUCACAGUCGGGUUCGGCACCUCCAUGGACUUUGGUGAUGGGGAUGGGGACACCACACGGCUGCGGACCCAGUAUACCGCCAUGGUCAUGUUCAUUCCGGCCCUGAUGACGGCCAAGAUCUCCAUCCUCCUGCUCUACCUCGACAUCGCGCGGCAGUCGCAAAAGUUCCUCCGCGUCGGGUCCUACAUCACCCUCGCGGUUGUGUCAGUCGGAAGUGCCAUCUUGACUUUCAUGACAGCCCUGCGCUGCCGUCCCGUGGAGGCGGCGUACAACUUCGCUACCCGGGACCCCAGCUGCAUCCCCAUCCAGAACAUCUGGCUGAGCGCGUGGCCCAUCAACAUCGCCACCGAGCUCGCCAUCCUCAUUCUGCCCAUCCCCGCGCUGGCGACACUGCCGUUGACGCCGUGGCGGAAGAGCAUGGUGAUCCUGUCGUUUAUCCUGGGCGUCAUCUUCAUCGGAGUCAUUGACGUGACGCGCAUCUACAAUCUUCAGCUAGCCGUCAUCGACCUUGAGCAGGCGACCGCGCCCAGGUCCGUCAAUGUUGGCAUGGCACUUCUGUGGUCGGCGGUAGAGGUCAAUACGGCCGUCAUUGGGGCCGCUAUCCCGACUCUUUCCCCGGUGAUUAGACGACUGGCGCCAUCCAACGCGUUGUGUCUCACCUCUCAUGGAAGCACGCGAACAUUGCGGCAAUCUUCUCCAUCCCAGACAGGCUCUCAGAACUCGCCAAGUCCCAAUGCGUUGGAGCAUCACAGUAACAGGGCUGGUUUCCACUCAACACCUCCAACAAUCCCAGAACAAGCCACCGUCUACUUUGACUUUAUCAACCUGGAGCAGCCCAAGUGUAUCGUUGACAUGCGUGGCUCCGAAUGCGUCAAGUACUGCGCCGUCAUCAACCUGCUCCUCUUCCUCAACGGCUUCAUCUACAGCAUGCUGUUUUCCAUCAACUCGAGCAUCCCCAUCGUCAAGGCCCGCACGCAGGCCGUGGGAAUGGUCUCAGCCUGCUACGUCGGCGCCGGCAUCCUCAGCCCAACAAUCGGGUGUGCGAUCCUGCUCUGCGUCGGGCUUAAGGCCACUAUCGCGACAUCCCUAGCUAUCUCGUGCGUCGGAACACUCAUAUUCUGGCCUUGCGGGGCUGUCGGGUCGUAUCCCGGCUUCGUCGUCGGCAACAUCAUGGUCGGGGCCAGCCUGGGUAUCAUGGAGAUAGUCGCCACUACGCGACGGCCCGGAUCUUGA